UGCUUGCACGCACAGCGGGGCACAGAACUCUCUCACACCCCUCCCUAAUACUCCUUGCCUCACUCAAGCUCUCCCUGCGCGCACACACACACACACACACACACUUCCCUUUAGGAGUACAACGGGACCAGACAGUUCUGAAACACAAAAGCACACGCUUACUCACAGACGGGCGUCUCUGGAGGAAUUCUUUGCUGUGGAAUCUGGGAGAGAGUGUGUGUGUGUGUGUGUGUGUGCUCUCCCAGUGGAAUCUUGUGCUGUGGAUUCUUUUCCAUUCCCCCAGCCACCUCCAACACCGACGCAGCAGAGCAACAGCAGAGCAGAGCAGCCAUCGCUCCUCAGGACCCGACGCCCAGACGCCUCUCCUCUCCUCUCCUCUUCCCUUCCUAUCUUCUCUACCUCUCCUCCCUUUGCUUCUUCUCUCUCUCUCUUCUCCUCUCUCUUCUCCCUCUCCUCUCCUCCCUCUCUUCUCCUCUCCUCUUUCUCCCUCUCUCCUCUCUUCUCCUCUCCUCUCUUGUGAGUCACCUGCUGCUGCCAGUCAGACAGCUCAUCCUGCUGUUAGUGCAGGACCUUCCAACAGUCUCCAGGACCUUCCGCUGAUAACCAGGACCUUCUGCUGGUCACUGAGAUCCUCCGCUGAUAACCAGGACCUUCCACCAAUAACCAGGACCUUUCUCCGAUAACCAGGACCUUCCGCUGAUAACCAGGACCUUCCUCCGAUAACCAGGACCUUCUGCUGGUCACUGAGAUCUUCCUCCGAUAACCAGGACCUUCGGCUGAUAACCAGGAUCAUCCGCUGAUAACCAGGACUUUCGGCUGAUAACCAGGACGUUCCGCUGAUAACCGGGACCUUCCGCUGAUAACCAGGACGUUCCGCUGAUAACCAGCACGUUCCGCUGAUAACUGGGACCUUCUGCUGGUCACUGGGACCUUCAGUUCUCUGUCCCACACACUGGUCCUGCAAUUCUUCACACACUGGUCAUCUGAUCGAGCAGUGGUGUGGACUGGUGGUGUGUGUACUGGUCGUGUAGUGUGUGUGUGUGUGUGUGUGUGUGUGUGCGUGUGCGUGCGUGUGUGUGCGUGUGUGUGUGUGUGAGGGCUAGUCCAGUGUGGGGAUGCGCUGGAUCCUGGUGCUGCUGCUGGUCUGGGCGCUAGGUGGGCGGAGCCAGUUGUGUGUGGGGGGGAGGGGCAAGGGACGCAGGCGGCAGAAAGACGUCCAGAUCACCGAGUUGCUCAACGCCACGCUCACCAGCACAGAGGAGCGCAAGAUUACGGAGCUCCAUGCAUUAGAUCCUCAGGGGUCCUGGAGGGAUUUUGUCAACCGUCCGGAUGACUCGCUUCAACGUCGGUGCCGGAACAAAAAGAAAACUCUGCCAGGUCCCCCCCCAGGACCUCGGGGCCCCCCAGGAUUGCCAGGAGCAGCCGUCACUCAGAGCGUCCUCCUGCAGGAGUUCAAACAGAUGAUCAGAGAGGCGACGCAGCGGAGGGAGCUGGCAGUUGAGGGAGGAAUAAGCCCCACCCCCUCGGCAGGACUGGUUGCCCUGGGAGACACAAUGUAUCUGCGGCGGAUCGAGGAGGCCUUCCACUGCAAACUAAAACAGCCAAUCAUAGUGGAGAAGAGAGGCAUGGCAGAGAUGCACAACUUUCAGAUACCAAUGGCGAAAGGCGGCUUUGUGAGGGGGGCGGGACUUGACCUCUCCUCUGGACGCUUCACCGCACCACUGACCGGCAUCUACCAGCUCUCCACCAACCUGCACAUCAGCAGAGCAGAUCAAAGUGAAACACUCAGAAGCAGAGGUCAGCUGAGACCACAGGAGCAUGUACUUGUUCACAUCUGCCUCGAGUCCCUGUGCAACAGACACAUAUCCCUGGAGAUGGUGGCCAGCCUAGAGGCCAAGGGACAUUUCUUCACCGUGUGUGUCCAUGGACUUCUGGAGCUACAGGUGGGGCAGUACGUGUCUGUGUUCGUGGUCAAUGAGUCGGCGUCUCCCAUCACGGUCCAGGCAGGAUCGGACUUCACCGGCCUUCUGCUGGGCUUGUAGUCUGGACACUUCCAGGACACGUUUCAGCUUCUCAGCUUCAGCCGAGCUGCCGCGCCUCAGCCUGUGGGAUGCAGGGCGUGCUGCCUCAUGGAUGUAUCCACAUGAUAUAAAUUCAGUAUGAGAUUAUUCAUAUGAUAUGAGAUCAGUAUGAGACCAUCUAUAUGAUAUGAGAUCAGUUUGAGACCAUCCAUAUGAAAUGAGAUCAGUUUGAGAUCAUCCAUAUGACAUGUGGUCUGAAUGAUAUGACCAUGUUGCAUUCGGUUGCUGAACAUAAAGAACUCCUAUAACUUCAAAUACCCACAGCCUCAUACUCUCAACACACACAUACUCUCAACACACACAUACUCUCAACACACACAUACACUCAACACACACAUACUCUCAACACACACAUACACUCAACACACACACAUACUCUCAACACACACACACACAUACUCUCAACACACACAUACACUCAACACACACAUACUCUCAACACACACACACACACACUCAACACACACAUACACUUAAAGUCAACACCAAGAGACACAACCACCUCCCUUCAAGACAUAGCCACCUCCCUUAACCCUUAAAGGUGUAGGUUUUUGAACGUUCUAAGUUCCGCAACAAUUGAAGGUUCUAAAAUUCUAUGUUGAAUUCAAUGAACCCAGAUAUUCUUUAGAACGUUCAUUUCUCAACAUUCCGUGUGACGGUACUCCUUUAAGGGUUAAACACAUAGACACCUCCCUUCAACACAUAGACACCUCCCUUAAACACAUAGACACCUCCCUUCAACACAUAGACACCUCCCUUAAACACAUAGACACCUACAUUACUGUAAAGAGCCCAUGACUUAAUGUGAAAUGUAGAGCAAUGGUCUUUAUCAAUGUUAUGAAAACACACACCACCAACAGUGAAUCAGCUGUAUAUACACACACACACACACAUGGACUGUACCACAGGACCUCUGAGCACCAAGUGUAACUCCAUAGAGUAGUCAUGUUUGACCAGCUCUGCUAACUGGGCUUCUCAUGAAAUGUUUCAUGUAUUUUUAUACCACAAUGUUUCAAUUUAUAUGCAAAUAGUACCGGUAUGCAUUAUUUUAAAUAAAAUAUCAGAAAUGUAUCCAAUGUCUAUAUAAAUUCAAAUGAUACCACUCAGAAAUCUCCAUACAAAUGUUUGAAUGAAUCUAUGAAUGUUUAGAGUGCUCUAAUAUAUUCUGCAGUAUGUUGUGUUAUAUAUAUCAAGGAACACUUAUAAUAAAACAGGUCCUGUGCCAAA